AUGGUAAUAUAUGGGGACCGACAACAGCAAUAUGGAGGUAUGUUCCGAUUCAAUAACUACCUCGCUUGUUCACCUGAGUUUAUUCCUAGUGUGCGGAAUAUAUGGCAACAUAACAUUGUUGGUACGCCUAUGUAUGCUGUGGCAUGCAAACUCAAAGCAUUGAAACCAAUAUUCCGAGAGCAAAGGAGAAAUAAAGGGGAUCUAUCGCACAAUGUUCAAAUGGAGAAGGGGUUUCUUGAAGCAGCACAAGUUCUUGUUAGCUCAAGAAGACGAGAUGAGCUAUUCAUACAACUAGAACACUGUUGUCGACUCGUACUGGCCAAAGCAACAAAACUGGAACAAAUUAUGCUACAACAACGAGCGAAGAUGCAGUGGAUAAAGGGAGGUGAUCAGUGCUCCCGAGUGAUCUUUCGGAAGAUUACCCAACGAAGAUCAUCAAGGAGGAUCUUCCAGAUCAACGAUGACCAGGGAUCCACUCACACAGGUCCAGAAGAAGUUAUUAAUCAGUUUGUCACAUAUUAUCAAAACCUGCUAGGGGGAGAUAGACGACGAUCAAUUAUUGACAUUCGAUUUCUCAGACCGUGGGCUAGGCACAUUUUGAGUAAUGAGGAAUCUACCGCUUUACUGUUACCGUUCACACCAGCAGAUGUCAAACAGGCGGUUUUUGACAUUGCUGAGGACAAAGCCCCAGGCCCGGACGGAUACUCAUCGGGCUUCUUCAAAGCAGCAUGGCCUAUUGUUGGACAGGAAGUGACUUCGGCAGUACUGGACUUCUUUCGUACAGGCCGACUUUUGAAGAGAUAA